GGGUGCCAACGGCGUGUGGGCGGGGCCUAGGGAGUGAGCGGGGCGCAUCUCCCGCUAGGAGUUCCUAGUAAAGUGGCGGGAGCCGCAGCUAUGGAGCCGCAGGAGGAGAGAGAAACGCAGGUUGCUGCGUGGUUAAAAAAAAUAUUUGGAGAUCAUCCUAUUCCACAGUAUGAGGUGAACCCACGGACCACAGAGAUUUUACAUCACCUUUCAGAACGCAACAGGGUCCGGGACAGGGAUGUCUACCUGGUAAUAGAAGACUUGAAGCAGAAAGCAAGUGAAUACAAGUCAGAAGCCAAGUAUCUUCAAGACCUUCUCAUGGAGAGUGUGAAUUUUUCCCCCGCCAAUCUCUCUAGCACUGGUUCCAGGUAUCUGAAUGCUUUGGUUGACAGUGCGGUGGCCCUUGAAACAAAGGAUACCUCGCUAGCUAGUUUUAUCCCUGCAGUGAAUGAUUUGACCUCUGAUCUCUUUCGUACCAAAUCCAAAAGUGAAGAAAUCAAGAUUGAACUGGAAAAACUUGAAAAAAAUUUAACUGCAACUUUAGUAUUAGAAAAAUGUCUACAAGAGGAUGUCAAGAAAGCAGAGUUGCAUCUGUCUACAGAAAGGGCCAAAGUUGAUAAUCGUCGUCAGAACAUGGACUUUCUAAAAGCAAAGUCAGAGGAAUUCAGAUUUGGAAUCAAGGCUGCAGAGGAGCAACUUUCAGCCAGAGGCAUGGAUGCUUCUCUGUCUCAUCAGUCCUUAGUAGCACUAUCAGAGAAACUGGCAAGAUUAAAGCAACAGACUAUACCUUUGAAGAAAAAAUUGGAGUCCUAUUUAGACUUAAUGCCGAAUCCAUCUCUUGCUCAAGUGAAAAUUGAAGAAGCAAAGCGAGAGCUAGAUAGCAUUGAAGCUGAACUUACAAGAAGAGUAGACAUGAUGGAACUGUGACAAAAGCCAAAUAAACAUCCUUUUCCCUAACAAAGUAAAUCGAAUAGGACUUUACAGAGUUAUUUUUCCUCUUGGCAUUUCCUAAUAACAAAAUUUUCUGUGUUCUUAGAUUACAGAAUAUCAUAAUUGAUAGAAUAUGGUUUCUUACUGUGUGUUGCAUUUUUGUGCCCAAAUACAUAGUUUUCAUAUUAAAAAGCCUUUUCUCUUA